CCUCACCUGCACCCUCACCUUCUGAAACCAUGUGUGGCAACUACUACGGCGGCUGCGGCUACGGCUGUGGCUAUGGCUCCCGCUACGGCUGUGGCUACGGCUGUGGUUACGGCUGUGGCUAUGGCUCCCGCUACGGCUGUGGUUACGGCAGUGGCUACGGCUGUGGCUACAGCAGUGGCUACGGCUGUGGCUAUGGCUCCCGCUACGGCUGUGGUUACGGCAGUGGCUACGGCUGUGGCUACGGCUGUGGUUAUGGCAGUGGCUAUGGCUCCCGCUACGGCUGUGGUUACGGCAGUGGCUACGGCUGUGGCUAUGGCUGUGGCUACGGCAGUGGCUACGGCAGUGGCUACGGCUGCUGUGGAUACCGGCCGUCUGUCUACAGGAAGUGUUACUCUUCCUGCUGCUAG